CUUCUCUCUACCACCACCGAAAGAAAUUUCGACUUUGAAACCGCUUUGAAAAUAUAAACCAAAUGCCACGGGAUACUCGGGUGCCACCUCUCGCUUCAGACGGCGUCUUCGCGGUCACUGGGUCCAGCGUCAUCAACGCGCCCCCUGAUAAGGUAUGGCACACCCUCAUGGAUUUCCAGUCUUAUGGAGAAUGGAACCCAUUCGUUCGUGGUCAGCGACUUGUUGAUGCGUCAGGUCGCACCUCGACCUCCCAAACGCCUUCGGAAGGCCAGUUUCUCGAUAUCUCACCUGUCCAUCUCCCUCCUACGAUGGGCAAUCCCGGUCUCUUUGGAAAAAACUCUGCUUUCGUCGAAAUCACCGUGCUUGACACGGAGAACUACCGCGCUGCAUGGGAAACAGCAGGUCCUGUCCCUGCUUGGCUUCUCCACAGUGAGAGGUGGCAAACCCUGACCACGCUACCCGACGGCAAAACGCGAUAUGACACCAUUGAAGUAUUCUCAGGUUUUGCUGCUUACCUUGUCCAGCUUUUUGUGGGGUCCGCGCUCAAAAAGGGCUUCCAAGCCAUGGCAGAUACCCUGAAAGAGCGCGCCGAGCGGCAGGAGUAAAGCGGCAAGCCACCUUCGUGGUCCGAGAGGAGUCUAAUCUAGACCCCACAUGCUCUGCAUGUUGACUGAUUCCUUCUCAUGCUCAGGAACACCUGACGUAUGUCACGAUACAUAAUUUUCUGUACUAAUGCUAUGCCGUUGAAACCUUAA